AUGAACCGGCUGGGCGCGCAGGCGGGUUGCCCACGCUGCGGUGUCGUGCUGCUGUCGCGUCGCAGCUUCUACGCGGGACUCGACGACUCACGUGUGCAGCGCCUACGCCGCUCUGGCGUGACGCUCAACCGACCGCGUGGUCGUGACACGUUGUCGCUGGCCUUCGAGCGGCGUGUGCGCAUUCUUCCACUUCUCAGCGUUGGUGACCUCUACGCCCUGCCGUCGUCGCCACCACCACCACCACCACCAUCGGUGGCAACAGAAACACCACCGCCGCCGUCGGCGUCAUCUCCGUCGGAAGGAAAUGAUGCAACAAACCACUCUAAGAAGUCGCUGCGGGUGCUCGUUGUGGAGCUGCUCUCGUUGGGCGAUGUCGACGCCGCUGUGCCGUAUCCAUCAAUGCACCCCUCCUACUAUACGGGAUGGGAGGGGCAGCAACGACCGAGUGGCGAGGCGCCAUCACCGUUUGCUGUUGCAGAGCAUACCCGUGUGUUGGCAUCAGUCAACAAGAAACAGCUGCGGCAAAACAGCGACACGUCGCUUUUGCGGGGGUCCUUCUUCAAGGACAGUAAUGAUAGUAGUUAUAGUAGUGGUAGUAGUAGUAGUAUUGGUGGUGGCGGUGUCUCUGCGGAGUUUGCUGUUGCACUCUGCAUCGAUCCAUUCCUGGAUGUGGAGCGGUUUCGGCGGGAGGAGGCGCAGGUGGAGAUGAUCACGGGCUACCGCAACAUCCUUUACGAGGCUGCCGAGCUCCCUGGCGGUUCGGCGGAUGUCGUGCGUGUUCCCGCCCUUUCGUGCGACACAUGCGGCCUGCGCUUUCUCCAUGAGAUUGGUAAGCUUAACCAACAGUCGCUGAUCAAGGGAUUUCACCGCAUCGACAACGCGGCGAAGGAGGCACUCGUGCUGAACCCGCGCUUCCGCGUCGAGGUGUACGUGCCGCCGCUGCUGCUGCCGCAGUUCACGCGCGCCUUUGCGGAGGACGCGUGGGAGACGCCGGAGUCGACGCUGAGCCCUGGUCGCACUGCCCUCUACCCUGGCCUGCCGCCGCCUCGCACGCUGCUGCCGCUCGACGGCUGGGUCGGCAAGCGGCCUGAGUUGGUCGAGGCGAUCGAAACGGAAGGGCGCAGUUUGAUGCGCGGAACACAACACGCACUGGACGGCACACCCGUCACGCCGCGUGAGGUGCUGUCUGAGAUUCGCGUCUUUGGCCGUGAGCAGGAGCAGCAGGCGAUGUUGGAGGGGGAGCAGGCGACGGCGUUGCAGGAGGGAUACGACACGAACAGCAGCGGCAGCAAGAACAGUGCCCCGCUGCGCCCAGGCAUUGGUCUGCUCUGA